AUGGCCGCCCUCAGACCCCUCGUGAAGCCUAAGAUCGUCAAGAAGAGGACCAAGAAGUUCAUUAGGCAUCAGUCAGAUCGAUAUGUCAAAAUCAAGCGGAACUGGCGGAAACCCAGAGGCAUUGACAACAGGGUGCGCCGAAGAUUCAAGGGCCAGAUCUUGAUGCCCAACAUCGGUUACGGGAGCAACAAGAAAACCAAGCACAUGCUGCCCAGCGGCUUCCGGAAGUUCCUGGUCCACAACGUCAAGGAGCUUGAGGUGCUGCUGAUGUGCAACAAAUCUUACUGUGCUGAGAUUGCUCACAACGUCUCCUCCAAGAACCGCAAGGCCAUUGUGGAAAGAGCAGCCCAGCUGGCCAUCAGGAUCACCAAUCCCAAUGCCAGACUGCGCAGCGAGGAAAAUGAAUAG